AUGUGUAAUGCCCAAGGCUUGGAAUAUGUGUGUGAGGAUCUGGGCAAUGAAAUGUUUGCCUCUAUCCAUGUCCAGGACAAUGGGUACCCCAAAUCUGGAUACUAUAUCCUUAAGAAGAUGUCUAGCUGUUUCAAGGACCGUGGUGUGUUGACAAAGGAAGGCCCUAUCCAAUUGAGCUUGCUGCAGAUCCUAUCAACCAAAAAAGUGAUCAUAGUUACUUUAGCUACAUGUCUGCUUUUAGCUUCAAAAACCAUCUGCCACAAUGAAUCAUUAAUGACCAGUUUGCGGACUAAAGAAGAAAACAGUGAGAAAAACUCUUCUGAGUCCAAUGAAGACCUUAUCGAAGAAAAACAGAGAAGUGUGAAUCUUGAAGAACUGAAAGACUGGGAACUGAAGAACAUAGUUAAGAUGAGUGGACCAGCUGGGAAGGUAGUGCCAAGUUCAAUGGCUAAUUUGCCAUUGAGAUUUGGCCGAAACUUCCUGGCAAGAAGAAAUAUCAAACCUACAGCCAAUCUGCCCCUCAGGUUUGGAAGGGCUUUUAGACAUUUCUCACACAGUUUUGAGAAAGAUCCUUCGGUUCAAACUUUCUUCCAUUCGCUACCAGAGAAAUUUGGGAGAUCCUUUCUUUUCAAUUUGAUUCAAGGCACCCAGGAUUGUGACCAAAUCAAAAAUAGGUGA